UCAGAGCGGAAGUCAACAAGGUUUCUGUUUCACUGAUCACAAGAGAUAUUACCAAACAUGGAGACCAAAAUUGUCAAGCAUUCGAACGUUCUCCUUUAUGGUUUUUCUUUCCAUUUGAUUCUCACCCUGGGCUCACUUGGUUUUACGUGUUACUCAUUGAACCGACUGGACAGUCGUCUAACAGCUAUUGAGCAAAAUUUGAUGCUGAAAAGUACUCCAUAUCAACACGCAAAUGGUGCGACUAUUAAAAUUACCUCUGAGAACGCGCCUGGAAGAGGAUGGAAGACGACGGACCAAAUCGUCAAAAGAGAUAUUUCAAGUCCUUCUAUCUGUAGCAAGUGUAGAACGGUUUGUUCCGACUCGAAUACACAACAAAAUGUGAGUUAUUGUUCAGUACUAUUAUUGGUCACAACGUUUUCAUUUAUUUUUAGCUUAUAAGCUCACCGCACAAACAACAUGUCACUUUAAGGUUAAUUAUUUUCCUCAUACUGUUAUAUUAUUUUCCUCAUACUGUUAAUUAUUUUCCUCAUCACACGUUGAUAUGAUCGUAUCAUAUUAUCAUAUGAUAUCAGCAGACCUCAAAGAAACCAGCUAAAAUGACAUCUACACUAGCACGGCUUUUUACGUAGUGAUUUUUCAUGAGCUAGACACAGAUUCCGAGAUUCCGAAGUUUCCAGCCUUGUAUUUUGCCAAGAGCCCAUAUUUUUUAUGAUCAACAGAAUAAGACACUGGAUAAAGGUCAAGAGAAGAUCGUUUGCAUUGAAGGUAUAAUCAUAAUGUGGCUGUAGUCUGCGAGUAGCCCCUCAUUAUUAACCCUGAGACUUAAGCAUUUCUUUGCCAUCGAGACGUCAUAAGGCCUUAAUCAAAGCGAGCCAGCGAGAGGCUUGUGACGCGAGCUCUGGCACUGAUCGUUUUUCUCCAGACCUCAAACUUUAUCUCGGGUAAGGAAACGCUCAUACUGUGGCGCGAACUAGUGACGGCCUGCUCGUAGUCAACACGUUCCUGAAUCUCGCCGCAAGAAAGCGGUCGAGAUUAUGACUCCUUACGGUACAGAGCUGAAUAACGUCAGCGCGUGUCACAAAUUCGCUCAAGAAUCCAUAGCAACACGGUGCAAGGUAAUCAAAGUGGUGUAAUAAAGAUAAGCACACUAAAGAUAAGCACACUGAAACAGAAAACUGCUGUGCUGCUUACACCGCCUGUCACACAUAUUGAACAAAUUGUAGCAAAUCUACACGUUCACAUUACUCCAAUCGUCACAAUACUUUGAUUUUAUCAGGUCGCACUGGACCUCAAGGUCCACCAGGCCCUCGCGGUUCUCGUGGACCAGCAGGUCCCCAGGGACCUCCCGGUAGAAAAGGAAGAAAAGGAACGAAGGGGCCACCGGGUCCCCAAGGGAAGCGUGGAAUCAAAGGACUACCAGGACCCCCCGGAAAAUCGACAGAUUCAAAAAGGGGAAGUAAUGUGCGGCAGUUAGGUAAGAUUUUCGUAUUUUUAGCGUCAUUCAGUCUUAAGUUUGCUGUGAUACUGAUUGAUGUUAUUUAGGAAUUGGUACGAACGGAAGCAUAGGACGAAGCGACUCUUGCUUUCUGAGUACUCUGUAAUCUUACAAUAUGCAUCCAUAUCUAUGUAAGCUUGAAAUACAUUAAAAAUACAUUAUGAAAUCCACUAGAAAUACAAUAUGGAAAAAUAAGAAAUUGAUAUAACAGUCAUAGCAAUGAUGAGUACUUUAGUGCAAUGGGGAUUAGAAAGGGCCGGCGGGCACGCCUAGUUAGAAUGGAAGUUGAAUAAGGGGGGUAAGUUUCCAAAGAAACUGUGGUGCUACGUCGGUGGAAGAGUAUUAAAAGGUAAUUAAGUAGUAUCAACUGGCCUGAUAAUAACGUAAAUUGACCACCAUAAGAAUUUCAAAGCUGAAGUUUCGAUCAGAUCAAAUGGCGAAGGGCUAACGCUCGAAACGUCAGCUUUGAAACUCCUAACGGUGGUCAGUUUACGUCAUCAGCUCAGUUGAUAUUACUAAAUUUUCCUAGAAUGGAAGUUUGUUGACAUCCCAUCGUUGUGACUAGCUCCUGUUAUUGGGCAUGACUCUCUCCAGUCGUUGGUGCAUUGGUGUCUCUUGAAGACAAAACCAAACACUUCAACGUGUUGAUGUCUGCUCCAUAAAACUGUACAUGAAGUUAAACAUAAAAUAUAAGCAUUAUUCUUCCACAAGUGGAAAUGUACUUUCAAAUUUGAUGCUAUAAACUUUUUUGUGUUAGUAAUUAUUGCGCCAGCUCUGAGAAGUUCUAUAGCGUAAAAGAAUGAUCUUUGAAUGAACUUGGAAUAAAAAAUCGUAUUUCCCAUUUUCAGAAAAACCACAUUUCAUUACGAAACCUUCCUCUUUGAUGGUUAGAGAGAAUCAAAAUGUGAUAUUGUCUUGUAAGGCAGCUGGGUUUCCAAAGCCCAUAAUAACGUGGUAUAAAAACGGACGAGUGAUCGAGCACGAGAGGAAGCAAUUUGAAGAAGGACACCUGGAAUUUAGAAAUAUCCUUUUUGAAGAUCGUGGUCUCUAUACCUGCACCGCGGAGAAUAUUUUGGGUAGAGAAAAAAUAACCGCAAAUAUCACAGUACAAGGUUUGUUAAAUGAAUUUACAUUUCAGUUCAUUAGCUUACAUUACCGUUGUCUUCGUUCAACGUCCAAUGAUCCGACUGAGGUCAGUCCUCGAUACGGGUUGGUUCGCCUCAUCUCGGUCUCACUGCUUGUCAAGUUACUCAACAGUGAUUGAACAGUCUCCAUAUUAGAUAUUACUUAGAACUAAAAAAACCAAAGUGGGUAAAAAAAAUGAGUGAAAAUCGUCUCCCAAUUACUUCUAUUUCAAAAUAUGGAGAAUUUUUGGGGGGUAUAUUUUUAAGGUAUUUGUUUUAUUUUAUUUGUUUGUCUGUUUGUCUAGGUGAUUCUAAUAGUAAGAUGUUACAAAAUAUCUACAUGUAUUAACUUUCUUGCGUUCAAUUUCUCUGCACUAGUACCAACAAAAUUCGUAAUUAAACCAGAGAUAUCUGUGACAGCUUACACAGCACGGGACUUUACUCUAAAAUGCGACAUAUUUGGCCACCCUACCCCCGUGGUAACAUGGAAAAGAACGCACGGUGAACUCCCUGUCAGCAGGCAUGUCAUUUCUGGCAACAAGCUGACAAUUCGCAACACGACAAACGAUGAGUUUGGAAACUACAUUUGCCAAGGGGUGAAUCCGUUACAAAGUGUGAUAGGUGUGAUAUGGGUCGUGGUUAAAGAUCCAGGUUAGUAAAUAACCUAAAGAAGGACAAAACAUCAUUGUCUCUAAAAGUACUUUUACAUGUGGCUACGUCAGAUCAGCAGAUCACAUCCCUGAGCCUAUUAAGCAUUCCAAGAUAUUCAGAUGAAAAGUAUCCACAGUUGGAAACAACAGGAUUAUUAUCAUGAUUAUGAUGAUGAUGAUUAUUAUUAUUAGUAGUAUUAUUAUUAUUAUUAUUAUUAUUAUCAUUAUUAUUAUCCUGAUCUUCAUUGUCAUCAUUAUCAUCAUCAUCAUCAUCAUCAUCAUUAUUAUUAUUAUUAUUACCUUUGUUAUUUAUUAAACAGCUCACAAUUGCUUCAGUCAUUUAAUUUCGCUAGAGUAGGCUGAAGUCCUAUUUUGCCAUUUAGUUCAAUAUUAGUCCAACAGCCAGUUCUUACUACGUUUAUUUGUGCUAGUGAAUCCUUACAUUGUUUCGAGCCCUGUAAGUAAAAUACAGGUGCAGCGUAUUGGCGAAUCUGUUAACUUAAGUUGCUCCGCUGGUGGUACUCCUUUACCGAAAAUCCAAUGGAUCAAGGACGGACGACGAGUAAAAUCAACAGCAGAACACCACAGCAAUGGUUUGAUAAGGAGUGAGCUUGUCAUUCAUCAGUUCAAGCCGAACGAUGCUGGAAACUUCACAUGUCUAUUCUAUAAUGAUAAGAAUGCUACAGCCGAAGCUAAUACAGUUUUAGGUAAGUAUAUAAAAUAUUUGAACAUGAAAUAUGAUAUAUACACCAAUAUAAAUGGCAAUUGAUAGUCAAAAUACCGUUUCUUGUCGCUGGCUUGCAUGUAAAAAGGUUUUUACAUGUUUAGGUUCAGUUCUCCAGUGUACGAAGUUUGGUAGUCGGAUCACCUUUCUAUAAGGUUUCACAUUGCCUUAAGAUUAAGUUAACGAUUCUACUUUGUCUUUUUCAGAUUUAAUCAAUUGUGGCAAUCCUGGUUCUCCACUCAAUGGACAAAAACAUGGCUCACACUAUUGGACAGGGGAAUCUGUGUCUUUCACAUGCAUGCCAGGAUAUCGACUCAUUGGGCCGUCUAUGAGACUUUGUCUUCCAUCUAGUCAGUGGAGUGGAAUACAACCUUCAUGUAAGUGCAGCUUCUGUACACUAUCUUGCAUUUUACAGAAUUCUAGUUACAAGCUGUCUAAAACCACUCAAUAAUGGUAUAAUUUAGGGCCCUGUUUUGGUUAAGUUGGUUAUUUAAUUUUUGGUUUUUGGUCGAUAUAGGUCAAAGAGUAUGUCCUCCAUUGAAAAAACUGGAAAAUGGCUUCACUCACGGACAGCAAAACUGGGAAGGGGAAAGUAUUUCAUUCAGUUGUCAGCAAGGUUACUUACUUAGAGGAUCAUCAGAACGUCACUGCUUGGGUAAUGGAUCAUGGACAGGAGAGCAGCCUACUUGUGCAUAUGGUAAGAUAUUCUCUUGGUAAACAACAGACAGCUGUUUUAUAUAAUUAAUUCAGUAAUUUCUUUACUCAGUCGUUUUUUGAGUUAUCAUGCAGUUAUGUAUCCAUUCUUCAGAAGAUAAUGAAGAACCUUAAAAUUUUAUUCACCUCCGUGGCGCCAGGCAGUACCUAUGCUCUGUAUUUCCCGCGAAAAAGAACGAGCGACUAUGUCAUCUCUCGAGGUAUGCCAAGGCUCAAUGCCAUGACAGUUUGUUUAUGGAUGAAAACCACUGCAAGUAACGGAGGAGUACCGCUGAGCUACGCUGUUUCUGGCCAGGACAACGAACUGCUUCUACAAGACUAUAGGAAUUUUAAUGUCUGGGUCGGAGGCUCAAACAGGUAAGAGCAUUCUGACUUAUUUGAUACAUGAAGUUGCGUUCAAAUAUGGAGGAUUAAAACACUCAGACUCACUGAUAAGCAACUUGGCAGCACACACGGGUUAUUUCGAUAAUGUGAGCUUGACUUCGCACACCAAAGCAUCAAAAUUAGGAACAAGUUAAAAAUAAAAUGAUGAAAGAAGUGUUAUAAGUGAUAAUUGUUCAUCCCUGCCUCUCUCUUCUUUGCAUUUAUUUGUGCUGAUAGUUUAUUUAUUCCAUCUAACACAAAUUGUUUACUUACAAUCCCUGCCUCUCUUUAGACGUACCUCUGUAUCAGCAAAUGAUGGAGACUGGCAUCACAUUUGCACAACGUGGGAGAAUAUCGCUGGAUCAUGGAAAUUGUUCAAAGAUGGUCGAGUUGCAGCUUCCGGUCACGGCCUCGCAAAAGGUAAACACCUCUGACGUCACUUGAUAAAACUUACCGAUUGCCGCCGAAUAAACAUAAUUCUUCAGGCACCUCUUACAUUGAACCCUGCUGCUUCAUGCAACAUAUCAGAUUCUUCUAUUUUUCGCUCUCCAAAGCCUGAUAUUAGUUCAAAAUAAUGAGGUUGGGGUUCCCUCGUAUGAAAGCUUAAGUCAGCCCUCACUUUCUUUACAAUAGGUCACUGGAUCCGCGGAGGUGGCGUCCUUAUUUUAGGACAAGAGCAAGACUUUCUGGGGGGAAAUUUUGAAGCAAGCCAAAGUUUUAUCGGUAAACUCACAGGUGUCAACAUUUGGGGUCGCGUGAUAAGAGAAGAUGAAAUCAUGCGCAUGUCUAAGACGUGCCAGAUAGGAGAAGGAGACCUCUUUCAAUGGCGCAACUUCCAAACUAAUGUGCGAGGCUCAGUGAGGUCAAUUUACCCAUCCUGCUAAAGUCCAAAGGAGAUGGACAGUACACCGGCGGAACGUACGUCGUGAGCCGCAUCGAAAGUGACUCCAUUGAUUGUUUUUGUUGUUGUUGCAGCUUUUUUCUUCUCCGUUUCAAAAAAGGAGAAAGAUAUAAUAUUGUUUGCUAAUUAAAUUAACCUAUAUUUCAUACAUCAAUAUACACAAAAAUAAAAUUGCAUGAGAGAAAAAGAGGAAUCGUACGAUAAAAAUAAAAUAAAAUAAAAAAAAAAAACAGAAGAUAUCGAUAGUGCAGGGUUAAAGUAGGAAAGUAAUUAAUACUAAGAAGAUUAAUACAUGAAAAGUGCUCUUUAAAGAGAAUCCAAAAGACUCCAUAGUCAGACAUAAAAAACACUCCAUUACUUUAUGACAGAAACGGAUGUGGAAUAUUUUAAAGGCUUGUGACCGAAGUUAAUGCUAUUUUUUAUGACUAUUAUUAAUUUCAUUAUCUAUUCCUGCAUAUGACUGCAUAUGCUUACAAUAAUGAAAACUUUUCAUGAAUAUUUAACCUCCAUCAAUAGCAAUUCAACUGAAUUUUUUCCCUUCAUUUUCAUUGGUACAUUGUUGAGCAAGGAUCAUUCUACGUAAUCUUCAGGCAUCCUGUGAGAGACCAAGGCUAUCGACGCCUUUACUUAAAAUCCCAUCCAAAUCGACAGCUAGGUGGAAACUGAUAGUUUUACCUGCCACUUGAAAUUUUCUCAAAUAGAUUUUCCCGCGACCCUCGCAAAAAAUGUUUUUUAUCGAAAUUCGAAAGAUAGAAAAGGUACAACUAUUUUCCUUCUAUAUGAUCUUUUUAGUUUCGAGUCAUAAUUUUAUAUCAGUUGGGCCUAAAUGGCGUCCAAGGAAGUUCUUCGAAAAACAAACAAACAGAAACAAAAAUUAGGAGUAUGGUUGAAUUUCGUUCCGAUAAUGAAAGAGAGUUGUUAUCUUGGCGCCUCGUGAGACUGAGCUUCUAAAGAGAUUUUUUGCACUCCUCCUUAUGUUCAUCGUGAAUUCAAAAAAUUUGAACAUUCCGCCAUGAAUAGCCAUGAAAUUAAAUUAUUUUAAGCGCAAAGAAGAGCGCAAUGUUUACAAAAAUCAUUUUGUGAGGUCUUGUGAGAUCGAAAAAGAAGAUUUGAGUGUUUAAAAGACGAGAUAGUGAUUCGUUUUUGCACGCGAAGCCCUCAAACUCGUGCAAUAAUUUGCUGCUAAAAGUGACGAUUUCAACGGAAUUUUAUUAUUUGUGUUUUUCUCUGAAAUAAAAAGAUAUUUUGC